AAAAAGCUUCCUCCUUUUUUCUGCCCUUUCUUUUUCACUCUCAAGCCUUUAUCUUCUCCCCUUCUAAUUCAUUUUCUUCCCUGCAAAAAUUGAAAUCAAAAGCCCUUCUUUGGUAAUUUGCACUCUCGAAACCCUUUACAUUCCUCUCCCCAGUUCUAAGCUCAUAUAUAUAUCCACAUAUACACACACAGAGACACACAUAAUUAUACACGCAUAAGGAUAGGUCUGCAGAUCUUUGGAAAGUUUCUCGACGUACGGUCUCAAAACCCUUUUAAUUUCUUCUUCUUUCUGAUUAUUAAGCUCUCAUAAUUAGUCUGCUUCAGUUCAGUUCUACUCCUCCGAGCUUUUUUUCAGCCAUGAACAACUCAGUAUCAACGAGUUUGCACCAGAGAAAAUCGACGAAGAAGAAGACCAAACCCAAGUCGAAGGCUGUGAAGGUGGUCUACAUAUCCAACCCCAUGAAGGUCAAGACUUGUCCUUCCAGAUUCAGAGCCUUAGUGCAAGAACUCACCGGCCAAGACGCUGAAUUUCCGGCUGACCCUACCAAGUGGUACUUCACUUCCGCCGAAGGUAACAUCAACGGCGGCGAUCUCAUAAUCGGAGCUGCUGACCCGAACCCGACUGAUUCCGAUGAGCGUCGUAUUGUCGGGCCCGGAAACAAUAAUAAUAUUACCGACGAUAAUGAUGACGAUGAACAUGAAGCAGUCGUACUGUCGGAGGUCCCCACGGUGGGCCCGGCCGUGGUGGCGGCGGCUCCUCACGUGCCUUCUCAGCCGUUAGAUGAUGAGAUUUUCACGGCUCAGAUGAUGGAGAACUUUUCUGGGCUGUUCCAAUCAAGUUUGUACUACAACGAGUCUGCAGCCUCUCAAGUUGAUCUGCUAACGAUGCUUAAUGAUGUAAUGUGAA